AUGGAGUGGAAAGGAAAGAUCCUGAUCCAGUUGUUAAUGCUAGUGUGUGUGUUGGAGGUUAGUCUUUGCCAGCAUUGGUCAUACGGUUGGCUUCCUGGAGGAAAGAGAAGUGUUGGUGAAGUGGAAGCAAUGAUCAGGAUGAUGGAUGCUGGUAACACAGUUCUGACUAUUCCUGCAAACUCUCCUAUGGAUCAGCUUUCACCAGUACACAUAGUGAAUGAGGUGCACGCUGUAGGUUUGCCUAGAGGACAGAGAUUUCCCAACAGACAAGGAAGAAUAUGAAUGAUGAAAAUUAAUCUGUGGAACCAAUGAAUAAUAAUAAUCAAAUGAGUCAUGAUAAAAAUCCUCAUCUGAGUUUUAAAAAUAUAUAGUG